AUGAAGUUCACUGGAAUUGCUGCUCUUGCCCUCGCUGGCAGUGUCUCUGCUGCCGCUAUCCCGGUUGUGGAUACUACCGUCCAGUCCACUCUUAGCCAGCUGACCGGCGUUCUCGGAAAAGUCGACAAUGUUGUCGGUGGCCUUGUUGGCUGCGCUACCACCGAUCUCACUGAUCUGAAAGACGAACUUUCCACCAUCGAAGGCAAGCUGACCCAGCUGCUCCCUUCCAACAAGCGUGACCUCACCGGCACUGUCGGUGGCGUUGCUACGCCUGUGGUCGGAAUCGCUGGUGAUGCCGCUGGAACCGUUAAGGGUGUUGCUAGCGGUGCUGUUAACACUGUUGGAAACGUUGUUGGUGGAGCCGUCAACACUGUCGAAGGUGUUGCUUCUCCUGUUGUCAAGACAGUUGGUGGUGCUGUCGACUCUGUCGCCUCCCCUGUUGUCAACGCGGCUGGCGGAGCCGUCGGCACUGUCAAGGGAGCAGCAAGCGGUGUUGUCUCUGGUGCUGUCAACCUAAAGCGCGACAUCACUGACCUUUCUGGUCUUUCUGAGACCCUUGUCGCCAAGAUCCAGAGCGGUGACCUGACCGCCGGCGCUCUUGAGAAGGUCCUGGACCUCCUCAGCCAGAACGGAGGUCUUGCCAACCUUCAGUCCGUCCUUUCCCUUGUGUAA